AGUAGAUCCCGCCAUUGGACUUGCCAAAUUCCAGACGAGCUCAAGAUGCGGCUCCCAAGAGGUUGUACGCUGCCGGUGCGCGCAGCUUCGAGCUCGAGACACUUUUCUGCUUCGGUACUAUGUCAGGUUGCGCGCCGGUCGCCCAAAUUUUUACUGCGCGAGGAAGAUCGCCUCGACGUUGACUUCGAAGCAGACUUCGAGGAUGAACCCAUCCCCAACGACACGUCCUCCGCUGGUCAUAUCCUUCUGCAGCAGCAGCGGCAGACCCUAUAUUACAUGCGUCUCAUUGAACAUGAAAUGCCAAAGCUCGUCGCGUUCCGGAAACCCUUCAACCCUCCCCCAUUAGAAGCGACCCCUCUAGUCGUUCGCUCCAUAUCCUAUGGAGGUGAAGAGCACCCCGCUAGCGUGAAGAGAAGCAUAGUCGUACCGGUGUCCAAGCUACCCUUGAAGAAUGACAUCGCUAUCCAUAAAAUGAAGUUGCUGGCGGGUGUGCGCUGGAGUCCCGAACCUCCUCGGGACGCUGGGAUAUCGCCCUCUGAAAACGCCGGGGACCAUGGGUAUAUCAAAAUAUCAUGCGAAGACUUCCCUAAGCCAGCCAUGAACCUGAAGUGGGUCAGCGAUACCUUGGACAGGUUGAUCGACGAGGCCAACAACAAUGAACGAUUUGCUGACAUUCCUCUUGAUACGAGACAUCUGGAUGCCAAGGCCCAGAAGACCAACAAGGGUGGGCGAGGAGCACAGAAAGGCAGGCAUCCGUCCAUUAGAGACUUCCCACAGGAAUGGCUGCCGUCACCAAGGCAGAUCCAGUCUGCUCCGCCACAGGCUGCCUCCACGGCUUAGACAGAGUACUUCGCUGUAUUUCUUGUGCCGGCUGGUCAUGCGUUGCUAUCUUUACUUUAUUUCGAAGGAGCUGCGACACCCUGCUCUUCAUUUUGACUGUUUGACGGC